AUGGCCUCACAACGCAGCGACACAGAGGAGUGGUGUUCUUAUUAUGGGAUGGCAAGCAGAGGAGGGGAGGGGGAGGAGGGGGAGGAGGGGGAAGCAGAGGUCUUUUGCGAUUAUGCAAGGCCUGCUCCCCAGUCUCCUCACGUCCACCACGAGAAGAGAUUGUGUCCUGUUUGGUAUGGAGGCGGCAGCAGCGGCGCCGCUCCCAAUAUUAACAUCCAAGACUUUGGUUCGAAGACACGCCGUCUGCAGCGGGACAGGUCUGAGAUGACCACACUGACAGAGAACCUGACAGAGAACCUGACAGAGAACCUGACGGAGAACCUGACGGAGAACCUGACGGAGAACCUGACGGAGAACCUGACGGAGAACCUGACAGAAAACCUGACAGAGAACCUGACAAAGAACCUGACAGAGAACCUGACUGAGAACCUGACUGAGAACCUGACUGAGAACCUGACAGAGAACCUGACAGAGAACCUGACACAGAACCUGACACAGAACCUGACUGAGAACCUGACAGAGAACCUGACAGAGAACCUGACAGAGAACCUGACGGAGAACCUGACGGAGAACCUGACGGAGAACCUGACGGAGAACCUGACGGAGAACCUGACAGAAAACCUGACAGAGAACCUGACAAAGAACCUGACAGAGAACCUGACUGAGAACCUGACUGAGAACCUGACUGAGAACCUGACUGAGAACCUGACUGAGAACCUGACAGAGAACCUGACAGAGAACCUGACACAGAACCUGACACAGAACCUGACUGAGAACCUGACAGAGAACCUGACAGAGAACCUGACAGAGAACCUGACAGAGAACCUGACAGAGAACCUGACAGAGAACCUGACAGAGAACCUGACUGAGAAUCUGACUGAGAACCUGACUGAGAACCUGACUGAGAACCUGACUGAGAACCUGACUGAGAACCUGACAGAGAACCUGACACAGAACCUGACUGAGAACCUGACUGAGAACCUGACAGAGAACCUUACAGAGAACCUGACAGAGAACCUGACAGAGAACCUGACAGAGAACCUGACUGAGAACCUGACACAGAACCUGACACAGAACCUGACUGAGAACCUGACAGAGAACCUGACAGAGAACCUGACAGAGAACCUGACAGAGAACCUGACAGAGAACCUGACUGAGAACCUGACAAAGAACCUGACAGAGAACCUGACUGAGAACCUGACUGAGAACCUGACUGAGAACCUGACUGAGAACCUGACAGAGAACCUGACACAGAACCUGACACAGAACCUGACACAGAACCUGACAGAGAGCCUGACAGAGAACCUACAGCAGAGUUUUCUGCGGAUCGUAUCUGAGCUGCCCCACUCUGAGCUGCCCCACUCUGAGCUGCCCCACUCUGAGCUGUCCCACUCUGAGCUGCCCCACUCUGAGCUGCCCCACUCUGAGCUGCCCCACUCUGAGCUGCCCCACUCUGAGCUGCCCCACUCUGAGCUGUCCCACUCUGAGCUGCCCCACUCUGAGCUGCCCCACUCUGAGCUGCCCCACUCUGAGCUGCCCCACUCUGAGCUGCCCCACUCUGAGCUGCCCCACUCUGAGCUGCCCCACUCUGAGCUGCCCCACUCUGAGCUGCCCCACUCUGAGCUGCCCCACUCUGAGGCUGGAUCUGAACACUUCACUUUCACCGCCCUGGAACACAGUCUUCGUAUGAACGGGGGGUAG